AUGGCGAAAAAGCGUCAGAGGGGGGAGACCGACGGGGCGACCGGCGGCCUCGCGGUGUCUCCCGCGGCGCCAGCGGCCCUUUCAGACACGAAGAGAAGGAAGGGCCAGGACCGUUGGAAGCAAGUACAGUUGGACGCGGCAACUUUGAGGGAGUGUCAGAUGGAGGGGAUGGCCGAGCUGGAGGAGCUGGACGGCGAUGCCGCACUAAUUUUUGAUCCGUCAAUCGUCAGGGUGGACAGCGCUGAGAGCAGAGAGGCGGCGCUGGCGAGCGUGGCAUCUGGAAAAGGGCGGCAGCAGAAACGGGGGAAAAAGAAGAACAAGGAUUCCUCUCGAGAGUCGCCAAACGCCUCGACAGGGGAUGCUGCUAAGAGACAAGGACAUGCGGAGGAACUGGACACAGCGUGCGGUGAAGCGCACGAGUUGCCCUCCGCUCCCGGGAGCAAGAGCCGGAAGGCUGCUCCGUCCUCUUCGUCUGUGUCUCCAAAGAAAAAGGCGACUUCCUGUCCCUCCACAGAACUUCUCUCUUCCAACGCUUCUUCCCUCUCUUGCUGCGUGGCCGCACCAACCUCGCCCCACUCUCAGACGGCGCCCCGGUGUACGCUGGAGGAUACGACAGAGCAGUGGUGCCUCGUCACGGACCUGCGCGCGGCUCUUCCUCAAUGGCUCGGCGCUCUCGACUCGUCUUCAGAGGACCUCCUACACCCUGCUGUUCUGCGCGCUCUACAAGACUGUCGCUUUUUUUCGCCGACUCCCAUCCAACGCGCCGUCUUGCUCGCGGCUCUUCGGGACCGGAAGGACAUUGUGGGGGCCUCUGAGACAGGGAGUGGAAAGACGCUCGCGUACGGUGUCCCAAUCGUCUGCAACUUGCUUGCCCAAGCGCUUCGGCGAAACGAGAAGGAGAUCGAGCACAAGAACAAAACGAAGUCCCUGAAGAAGCGAAAGAAGCAGAGGGUUGACGCGUUUUCCGUGGCUCUCAGCCAAGACGACGGGGAUGCUGUCGGGUCUUCUAGUCUCACAGAGGAAGAGGCAGCUGUCGACGCCUGGCCGAGCUCCAGUGAUGAAGAUGCUGAGCACGAGGAAGCACCCAACCAAAAUGAUGACACGAGUUCUCCGGCGAUGGAUGGAGGCAGAAGCUCAGGUGGCCCCAAGAGUGUAGGUGGAAAAGUGGGCGGUCCGGAGUGUCUCAUUGUCGUUCCGAGCCGAGAACUAGCCCUUCAGGUGCAGAGACACCUGGAGGCCUUGUGUGCCUAUACGCCUCUGACGGCCGUGUGUCUUGUCGGCGGCUUGGCCGUUCAGAAGCAGCUACGACUGUUAGGUCAAGUUCGUCCUGAAAUUGUCAUCGGGACUCCUGGCCGUCUUUUCGCUGUCAUUCAGGAGGCCCAGACGAGUGUCUCUCGAUCGCUUUCCUUCGCCUAUGACGGCUCGCUGGUCUGUGAAUCUCCGCCCGCAGGCCAGGGCGAAGAGCACGGAAACAGCCCACUGGCUGAUGAGAAAAAGGAGGGAGACAGUAACCGACGGGGCCGUAUCGAGCGCGGUCGCGAAUUCAUGGCUUCCUUGCACACACUCCGCUUCCUGGUUCUUGAUGAGGCAGACCGCUUAACGCAAGAGGGGUGCUUUCAGGAGAUGGAGGGUCUGCUUGACGCCGUUUACAAAGCCCACGCUUCUCCGAAGAAGGGGGACAAUGACAUCAAGAGGCGACGAGGAAGGCAUCGAGAAGACGAAGCGACUUCGUUUUCGCUGGGCGAAUGCCGCAAAAUCCAAACCUUCAUCUUCUCCGCCACUCUCGCUAUGGACCCAUCUACCCGUCAAAAAAAAAAGCAGAGAAGGGAGGCGAAAGAACGCCCAAGCGUUCUACAAGCUCUUAUGGAUCGCGUACAUUUGAGAAAAAAACGGUUGUUUGUUGUCGACUUAAGCCGAAAGGAAGGAGACAGCAGAAAGACUCUGAAGCGGAGCUUCGACCAAGACGACCCAGAUUUGGCGCUUUGUGAAGCUGGUCAAAUCCCUGGAAGGAACAGUCUCGCGGGAGGUCCUCUCAAGUUACCAGAUGGACUCUCCAUCACGGCACUAAAGACAGCUGCUGGAGAAGAGGAGCUGUACCUUGUCCUGUUCUUGCUCAAACUCUUCGUCUCGGCUCCCGCUAACGAACCUCUGAAAGUCAUGAUUUUUGUCAACGCCAUCUCCUACGUCUACCGUUUAGAUCCCAUUCUCAGCCUGGUACUCGGACGCGACAAGCACCAAUCAGACCGGCGAGCCGGUCCUAAGGGCGCAUCCCCGUUGGCCGAAGUAGUUGGGUUGCACUCAAAUCUUCAGCAGAAGCAACGUCUGAAGCGUGUAGAAACGUUCCAGAGCGCUGACCGCGCGGUGAUCGUUUGCACGGAUGUCGCCUGUAGAGGCCUGGAUCUGAAGCAGGUGAAGGAGGUUGUCCACUUCCAAGCCCCUCGGUCUUCGUCCAUCUUCGUGCACAGGAGUGGACGGACAGCUCGGGCGCAGCAAUCAGGUGAAACGGUUUGCGUCUUAGGCCCAAACCAGGUCUCUGACUGGUUGCAGGUUUUGAGGCCCAUGCAGAUAAAUGUGGGAGAGCUGGACCCUCCUGCAUGCAUGCACAAGAGCUCUCGAGUGUACAGUCAGCUGACGAAAGUGAAGAGAAUUCUCACAAUCGCCACCCAGAUUGAAGCUGCGGGACACCAUAAAGCAAAGGAAAGGCGGGCGACGUCAUGGUUGAAAAAGGCGGCACAAGCGGCUGACAUCAUGUUUGAGUCUGAUAUUUCGGAAGACGAAGAGGAGUCAGCUAAGCGUGCAGCUCAAGCGAGGACAACGGCGGUUCUGAGAGCGGAACUGUCUCAGCUCAUCCAUUCCCUCAAGCUCCUCUAG